AUGUCUUCUGCGCUUGAAGACGCUCAGAACGUUCCGCCCUUCAAGAAAGCCAAACUCGUUGAGACUGUUGGCAACGGAAAGGUAAGCAUUUUUAUCUUGCAAAUGUUAUGAAAUAUCCGCCAGUCGAAAGGAAUUUAUGAUUCUCUACUUUUCGGAGGACAGAGAUAAAGGAUCUUCGUUCACUCUGAUUCCGGAGAAAAGCGAAAAUAGCCUUGGAUAUUCUUUUGGUGAUGCCUUUUAAAAAACUAAGGUUCUGUUUCUUAGUCGUUGUGUAAUGUAGGCAGGCAAAUUAUAUAUUCAGCGAACUGGCUUGAAUGUUUCUGCUGGGUGUCUAAAACUCUUGCCAUUUCGAAAAGCAUGUCUCACCUGUUGCAGGAACUCUCAUCUGGUGCCGAUAUGUAUCGAGCGCAGAAAGCGGCCGAAUCACAUCCCAAUAAUGGUGGAUCCAAGGAAAAUGCCGAAUCUAGUGAUAAACUUGAUUCCAAUCUGUAUUCCAGACAAAUGUAAGUAUAUUACUUUUGGUAUUAUUUUGUUUUUAGUUAUGCUCUUGGUGAAUCAGCUAUGUACAAGUUGAGACAGUCUCGAGUGUUGAUCUCCGGUCUAGGAUCGGUUGGAGUCGAGGUCUCCAAAAAUUUGAUUCUGGGUGGAAUAAGACAUAUUACUCUUCACGACACUAAGGUUGUUGAAUGGAGAGACUUGUCCGCCCAAUAUUAUUUAAAUGAAAAACACGUUGGAAAGAACCGUGCUGAAAGUUGUUUUGCUGCCUUGGAAGAACUGAAUGACAGCGUGCAAUGUAAUCUCAGUACUGAAGAACUUACCGAAGAUGUGGUUGCUCAGUUUGACGUGAGUUUUUUUUUGCCUAACUUGUCAAUCGGUGUACGAAAUGAUGACUUGACCUUCUUGCUAAUGUUUAAAUUGCAGCUGGUGAUUUUGACUGACGCUGCAUUCGAUUAUCAGAAGAUCGUCAACAACUGGUGCCGAAAUCACGGUCGAUAUUUUAUUUCGGCGGAUGCCCGUGGUCUUUUCUCUUACUCUUUCGUUGAUCUUGGAAACAAAUUCAGAAUCGAUGAUGCUUCCGGAGAUCCAGUCAAAGAAGUGAUUAUCGAAUUUGUCGACAGGACUACUGGUAACGUGAUGACCUUUGAAGAGACUUUCCAUGGCUUCGAGGAUGGUGAUUACAUUACGUUUUCUGAGAUCAAGGGAAUGACCGAACUAAAUGGAUGUGAGCCGAGGAAAAUCACUGUUGUUAGUAAGUUUUAUUCCAUUUAACGAUUUUUUUCAUCGAUAGUGGGCCUAAUGAAGCAUUUUAGAACCAAACGUCUUCAAUAUCGGGCCUAUUCCGGAGAGUUUUGCCGAAUACAUUGAGGGAGGAAGAGCGAGACAAGUAAAGGUGCCCACUUAUGUUGACUUCAAGUCCUUGGAAGAUCAACUGGCCGAACCAGAAGUUCUCAUCUUCGAUUACGCCCAUUUCGACGCUCCUUCUCAACUUCACGCUCUCUGGCAAGCUCUUUAUGCAUUUGAAGACAAACAUGGAAGAUCUCCAGAGCCUAGAAAUGAUUCGGAUGUUUCUGAAUUGAAGAGUUUGUUGCCUGAAGGAAGCGGAGAUGUUUCUGACGAUUGGACUAAGCCCUUCUCGUAUCAGGUAAUUUAUUCAGGUUUUUUAAUGUUCAGAGCGUAGAGUGGUAGCAUCGUUUUGAUUACAGGCCAGAGGUAAUCUACAACCUGUGGCUUCGGUAAUUGGUGGAAUCACUGCCCAGGAAGCUAUGAAAGCCGUUACUCAUCACACUACCCCUCAGAAGCAAUUCCUGUACACCCAUCAUCUGGAAGCCCUUCCGGGAGAUUGGUCUCCUUUCGACAACUCCAAAUUGACCGCAAAGGAUUGUGCAGCUAAGGACAAUCGGUAUGAUGGACAAGCCGCUGUUUUCGGAUGGGCCUUCCAAGAGGCCCUCCAGAAACAGAAAUGGUUCAUUGUGGGAUCUGGAGCGAUUGGAUGCGAGUUGCUAAAAAACUUUGCCAUGAUGGGACUUGGGUGCUCGAAAGAAGGAAAGAUCAAGAUCACGGAUAUGGACCAAAUUGAACUCUCAAAUUUGAAUCGUCAAUUCUUGUUCAGAAGGAAGGAUAUGGGCGGAAAGAAGUCUGAAGUUGCGGCCAAAGCCGUUAAAUCAUUCAAUCCUAACAUCAACAUUGAAGCGUUGGCUGACCGAGUGGCCCCGGAUACAGAGGAAAUCUUCAAUGAUGACUUCUUUGAGGAGCUUAGUGGAGUUGCGAAUGCGUUGGAUAAUAUCCAGGCCAGAAGGUACAUGGACAGCAGAUGUGUGUAUUAUCAGAAACCCCUCCUUGAGUCAGGAACAAUGGGUGCCAAAGGAAAUACCCAAGUCGUGUACCCUCACAUCACCGAAUCCUACAGCUCUACCAACGACCCUCCGGAGAAGGACAUUCCCAUUUGCACCCUGAAGAAUUUCCCUUACGAGAUCCAACACACCAUUCAAUGGGCUCGAGGCCAGUUCGAAGAUCUCUUUACAAACCCCGCAGAGAAAGUGAACCAAUAUCUGACAGACACCCGAGGAUUCCUUGAAAGAUUGGAGACAAUGAACUCUGGACAAGCUAUUGCCGUAAGUGGGAUAUAAUGUUGUUGAUGUUCUGUCUUUAGGAUCUGAGAAUCUUGAAACAAAGCUUGAUUGACGAGAAGCCGAAGACGUCGGAAGAUUGCAUCAUCUGGGCCCUGAAGACUUUCCAGACGCAUUAUCACAAUGAAAUUGCUCAACUGCUUCACAACUUCCCAGCUGAACAGCUAACCAGCUCUGGAGUCAAGUUCUGGUCCGGAACGAAGAGAUGUCCCCAUGUCCUCAACUUUGAUCCAGAAAACAGAUAUCACUUUGACUUUGUAUACGCGGCGUCUAUUCUGAGAGCUCAACAAUACAGAUUGGAGCCGAUUGUGGACAAGAAUCGUGUUCUUGAAGUGGCAUCCACCUUUACUCCUCCGCCGUUUGUUCCAAGAUCUGGGGUGAAGAUUGCUGUUAAUGAUGCGGAAGCCAGAGAACAGCAGGCUGAAGGUGGGAGUUGAUUUUUUUAUCUUUAUAUUCUUUUAGAGGGAGAAGAGACCGAUACCGUCUUGGAUGGGUUGAAACUGGCGUUAGCUCGUCUGCAACUCACGGACAGUGAUCAGAUGGAGAUGAUCGAUUUCGAGAAGGACGAUGAUACCAACCAUCACGUCGAAUUUGUGACCGCAUCUUCUAAUUUGAGAGCCGAGAAUUAUGAUAUUCCAUUAGCUGAUGCCAUGAAGACGAAGCAGAUUGCUGGCCGAAUCAUUCCCGCCUUGGCCACGACCACUUCGGUUGUAGCGGGUCUUGUAGCCAUUGAGCUCUACAAGUGUGUGGAUGCCGAUGGAAAGACGGCCAAGACACCAGCAGAGAGGUUCAAAAAUGGAUUCUUGAAUCUGGCCACGCCCUUCUACACAUUCAGUGAACCUGGAGCUGCUCCCAAAAAGAAAUAUGGAGACACAGAAUUUACUCUUUGGGAUAGAAUUGAAGUUAGAGGACCAAAAACGCUGGCCGAGUUCAUUGAUGAAGUGGAACAGAAGACCGGACUUACAGUAUCCAUGUUGUCUUGUGGUGUCUCCCUUCUGUACGCUUUCUUCCAUCCACCAGCCAAAGUGAAUGAGCGAAAAGCAAAGAAGUAAGUGGUUUAUAUUGCAGUUGGGUUAGUUUCGUAGUUCAUCCAUUUACUACUCCCUUGUUUCAGCUUGGUUGACGCUGUCCAAGAAGUUUCCCGUGAUGCGAUCCCACCUUACCGCCGUGCUCUUGUUUUGGAUGCCACAACUUCCAAUGAUGAAGAUGAGGAUGUAGAGAUACCGUUCAUUAAAUAUAUCCUCUAA